GCAAGCAAGGUAAGCAAGAUAAAUUUUUGAACAAAGUGCAUCUGCAAUUGUAUGCUACUGAUUUUCACCAAAGAGCAGGCUGGGGAGAGCACGCUCAUAGAAGCCUUCAUCACUGGGGGUUCUGAAGGCUGGAAAAAGAACAAAUCCCCAAAUUUUCACCAUGCAGAGCUCCAGAAGUGUCUUCUGUCUUCUCUUCUUUCAUGCUGCUCUCAGCCUGGAACGUAUCCGGUGGUGCACUGUCUCUGAGAAAGAACAUUUCAAGUGUAAGGACAUGAGUAAGGCCUUUGGUGAGGCUGGUAUCCUUCCCCCUCUGGAGUGUACAGAGGGAGAGUCAGCUGCUAACUGUACCCAGAUGAUCAAGGAUGAUUUGGCAGAUGCAGUGACACUGGAUGGCCGCUUGAUUUACCAGGCUGGAAAGGAGCAUGGUCUGAAACCUGUGGUUGGGGAAGUUUAUGAUCAAGAGAUUGGAAUUUCCUAUUAUGCUGUGGCUGUGGUAAAGAAGAGCUCCAACAUCACCAUCAACAGCUUGAAGGGUGUCAGUUCUUGCCACACAGGCAUCAACAGAACUGCAGGCUGGGAUGUGCCAGUGGGUUAUCUAAUUGACAGUGGGCACCUGGCAGCAAUGGGAUGUGACCUUCCACAAGCUGUAAGUGACUAUUUCAAUGCAAGCUGUGUUCCUGGAGCAAAUGGUGCAAACUAUCCCAAAUCCCUCUGCCAGCUCUGCAAAGGGGAUUCAGCUGGACAGAGCAAAUGUGAACGAGGUUCCCAAGAGCAAUACUAUGGCUACACUGGGGCUUUCAGGUGUUUGGCUGAAGGUGCUGGAGAAGUCGCUUUUGUGAAGCACAGCACAGUGCCUGAAAAUACUGAUGGAAGAAGUCUGUCUUCGUGGGCCCAGCGGCUUCGCUCCCAGGACUUCCAGCUUCUGUGCCGUGAUGGCAGCAGGGCUGACGUGAUGGAGUGGAGAACCUGCCACCUGGCCCCAGUCCCGGCGCGCGCCGUGGUUGUGCGGCCUGACAUGGAUGGGACUGUUGUCUUCCAGCUCCUGAACCAGGGACAAAAAAGAUUUAAUGGGGUAGGCACCACAUUUCAGAUGUUUGACUCUGCAGCCUACAGUUCCCAGAAUCUUCUGUUCCAAGACUCCACCGCAGAGCUUGUUGCAAUCACUGAUCAGAAUUACCAGAUGUGGCUGGGUGAUGAGUAUCUUCAUGCCAUGCAAGCCCUGAGCUGCGACCCCAACUCAUUACCAGAAAGCCUGAACUGGUGUGUUAUUUCCACUGAGGAGAUUUGGAAAUGUGGUGAAAUGGCCGUUGCCUUUAAGAAUAAGAAUUUGAAACCAACCAUUCAGUGUAUUUCAGCUAAGACAAAGGAACAGUGCAUGGAGCUGAUCCAGCAAAAGGAAAGUCAUGCUGUAGUUCUGGGUGGAGCUGAUAUUUAUACAGCUGGGAAGACAUACGGCCUUUUACCAGCUGCUGGAGAAAGUUACUCUGCUGAUGACAACAACAAUGCAUACUAUGCUGUGGCAUUAGUGAAACGUAGUGUGUCCAAUGCCUUCACCAUCAGUGACCUGGAAGGGAAGAAGUCCUGCCACACUGGCCUGGGGAGAACUGCUGGAUGGAAUAUCCCCAUUGGAAUGCUAAUUAAGAGGGGCUUUAUUAAGACCAGAGACUGUGAUAUUCCUCAAGCUGUGAGUGAGUUUUUCUCUGCCAGUUGUGUGCCUUCAGCUAAGCAGGACAAUUACCCAUCAAAACUCUGUCAGCUCUGUAUUGGAGAUGAUAGUGGAAACAAUAAAUGCCAUGCAAGCAACCAGGAACGCUAUUACAGCUACAGCGGAGCCUUCAGGUGCCUGGCAGAGGACUCUGGGGAUGUGGCCUUUGUCAAGCACUCAACAGUGUUUGAGAACACAGAUGGUAAAAAUACUGAUAGUUGGGCCCGAAACUUGAAGUCCAGUGAUUUCCAGUUGUUGUGUCUAAAUGGUGCCCGUGCUGAAGUCACCCAGUUUGCUGAGUGUCACCUGGCUCGAGUGCCAGCUCAGGCCGUUAUGGUUCACCCAGAUACCAGCGUUUUUGCUCUGUAUGGACUACUGGACAAAGCCCAGGACUACUUUGGAAAUAGCAGCAAUGAAAAUGGAUUCAAAAUGUUUGAUUCUUCAACUUUCCACGGAAAAAACUUGAUCUUUAAGGAUUCAGCUGUUGAGAUUGUGCCAGUAGAAGAGAAGAGGACAUACACAGAAUGGCUGGGGAGUGAAUAUGUUGAGUCCCUUGAAGGGAUGGAAACACCACAGUGCCUUGGGGCAGGUGAUAAGAUAGGACAGUACCUACUCAUGACUGUUGUUGUUCCCCUUCUUAUUUUAUGUCAGAUACAAGGCUUGGACUAGGAUAGUCCACGUUCAAGGCCACCUCUGCCCUACCCUUUACUUCAGAUGAGCUGCUGUUUUGGAUUGUGUUGUGUUGAUAUUUGAAUGCCUCUUCCUGGCCCUUUGCAGGGCAAGGUGCCAACAGCACUUGCUCCUUAGGGAUGUAAGGUGGGCUAGGAGCUGCACCUUUCCAUGUGGAUGGGGUGGAAUUUGGGGCAGAAUCCAGCAAUACAGUGUCAGUAUGGUUUAAAUGAUCAGUCCAAAACUGGAGCAUCUUUACCAUCAUUGUUGAUGUUGAACCACACUGGGCUGGAGGAUUCACAGAUGCUAUUAGAUGGAUCAAAAAUCCUGUCUAUGGAAUCCUUUCCACCUUCCUCGCUGGUUACUUUGACACUCCUACAUCCCUGCUUACCCCAUCCUACCCUUGCUGGGGGCAGCAGUUUCUGCUGGGCUCUGCUGCCAGAAGAGGUAAGUGCACAGAAGACGGACAGACUGUGGACAGAGAGAUGACCUGCACUCCUCCACCUUUA